AUGGCAUCUUCAGAUAUUUUUGAUGUACUGAAUAUUCAGCAAAAAUCGAAGAGUCCUACUGAAAGGACAUCUUCUCCAUCUCCUGCAUUGAUGGGUAAAAAUGCUAGUAAACCUCAAGUUACUGGUAUGCAAAGAGAAUUAUACAACUUAUUAGGAGAAAAUCAACCACCUAUUAUGGUUCAAGCCAAUAAUCGUUUUAAAGAAAAGAUUAAUAUUAAUGUCAAGCCUUCUCCUUGGACCCUGGCAGAAUUUCAGGCAACUCCCACUUUAAAGUUUAAGCAUUGGGUUAAAGGUUCAAGGGAAUUAUUAGGUGAUGAUAUUCCGGAAUCUUCAUAUACUAAAUAUAACAAGCAUCUAACUAUCCCAUCAUUCACGAAGGAAGAAUAUGAUGUUUUUAUGGAACCCAAAACUGAAACAACAAGUAUAGUUGUAAGUGCAAAUUCAGUAUCAAAUGAAGAAGAAAAUAAACAAGAUGAUGGUGGGGAAGCAAAAAAGGUGGAAACUUCUGAUCUAAGUGAUGAUACAAAGGAUGCAGAUGCAAAAAUCCCUGUUGGUACUGAUGAUGAAAAGAAGCCAUCAGAGACUGUAGAAGAAGUUGAGUUAAAAAAAAAUAAUAAUUGGGAAUUUGAAGAAGUGGAUUAUUUAUUUGGCUUAUGCAAAAAAUAUGACAUGAAAUGGCCAGUGAUACAUGACAGGUAUACUUAUAAUGAAAGUAGAACCAUUGAUGAUCUAAAAGAGGAAUUUUAUAAAGUUUGUCAACAUUAUUUUAGAAAUAAAAAAGCAGAUGAUCCCCUAUUAGCAAGCUUAAAUUUUCCAAAAGAGAAAGAACUAGAGAGAAAAAAAUACUUGGAAAGAUUGCUAGCUCGUUCUGCAGCAGAAAUUGCAGAAGAAGAAGCCUUGAUCAUAGAAUCAAGAAAAUUCGAGAUGGCGGCAAAGAAAACAUUAAAUGAAAGGGAAAACUUAUUAAGACUUCUAGAUUCUCCAAACUCCAAUCAUUCAGUAGGACAAUUUUUGACUUCUCAUGGAAUUUCACAACUCUAUAACAGUCUGUUAUCCGAUAAAUCGAGAAAGAGAAAGCACACCACUACGGUUCCAGAAAAUCCAUGGAUGAAGCAGCAAGAGCAGUUUGCACAACAAAGACAAAGAUUGCAACAAAUGCAUGGCAAUAAACAAUUACUUCAACAACAACAGCAGCAGCAGCAACAGGAACUACAGCAACAGCUACCGCCACAAUCACAACAAUCACAGCAACUACAGCAACUUCAACAACUUCAAAAUCAAAUCUUGGAAAACUCUGAUUCAGUAUCACCAAGGAAGACAAAAAAACAAAAGUUAGAGAUGCAAACAGCAAUGAAGAGAAAAGCAGAAAGUGCAUAUGCAGAACAAUUAUUACAAAAUUUCAAUAAGGAAGAGAAAAAUUCAUUAGGUGUAAAAGCUCAUGGGGAGAAACUAUUACCAGGACCAUAUAUGAGAUCGACCAAAAUAUCCACAUUUAAACCAGCACUUCAAAAUAAAGUGAAUACGACAAUGCAAGAAUUAGGAUUACCAAUAAGACCUGCAAUGUUAACCUCUAAUGUACUAGAAAAACACGAAGAAUUAUUACAAAGAAUUGUAACAUUAACAGAUUUAAAGAAACAUUUAGAUAAACUAGAGGCAGAAAAGGCUAUCACAAAAUAA